UGGACUAACGGCAUGUGUCAUCGUUGGUCCUUGUCCUAAAGUGGGCAGUCCUGGUUCGGGUGGUUCCUCCGCCCCCCUCCACUGCUCCACGAAGUCUCCGCGGUACCUGCGCAGAGCAUCCCACCGCCUCAGCAGGACAGUCGCACUGCAGCAGCCGGAGAGUGAUAGUUCCCCGACACAGCUGCUGCCAUGCUGCUCCGAACUACCAGCAGACAUGCUCAGAUCCUUCUGCUUUGCACCUUCUAUCAAAUGUCUGUGGCCUUCCCGACGGGAGCUCCGCCCCCAUAUGCAGACGACCCGCGUUCCCUGCAGGUGUCCAUCCCUCGCGCAGGGCCAGUGUCUGGCUCCCUGGGCGGCUCUGUCACCAUCCCCUGCUUCAUGACCUUGUCACCCUUCCCUGCUCCUACCUCCCACAUCAGUGUUCUGCCACGGGUCAAGUGGUCUGUGGUGUCAGGUGGAGUUGAGACGCAGAUAUUGGUGGCGCGGGGAGAGAGGGUGAAAGUUAAUGAGGCAUACCGAGAUCGCGCUGCUUUGCUCAACUACUCCUCUGUCUCUAAUGACCUGUCACUGGUGCUGGGAGAUUUGCGAUCGAGCGACUCUGGCCACUAUCGCUGUGAGGUGCAGCAGGGCCUGGAGGAUGCCAGCGACCUCGCCCAACUCAUGGUGAAAGGUGUUGUCUUCCACUACAGAGAUUCUUCUGGCCGCUACGCAUUUACGUUCCCACAGGCGCAAGCUGCGUGCGGAGCCAUUGGGGCACGCAUUGCAACCCCUGACCAGCUUCUGGCAGCUUAUCACGAUGGCUACGAACAGUGUGAUGCCGGCUGGCUGUCGGACCAGACUGUCAGGUAUCCAAUCCAAGUCCCCCGACAAGGCUGCUUCGGUGACAUGUACGGCCUACCAGGCGUGAGAAACUACGGCACAAUGAGCGCUGAUGAUCACUUUGAUGUCUACUGCUAUGUUGAGCAAAUUCAUGGGCAGGUUUUCGUGGACACUGUCCCACUGCAGCUGACGUUCCAUGAAGCCCAGUCAUACUGCCGGGCUCACGGAGCAGAGCUGGCCACAACUGCACAAUUGUACUCUGCCUGGAGCCAUGGCCUGGACCACUGCGGCCCAGGCUGGUUGUCAGAUGGAAGUGUGCGCUAUCCCAUCGUCACGCCACGGGAACGAUGCGGCGGUCCCCAAGCAGGUGUCAAAACCGUGUAUCGCUUCAAAAACCAAACGGGUUUCCCAGAGCCGACCAGCUUGUUCGAAGUCUAUUGUUUCAUGAGUGGAAACCAUCCCACAGAUUCUACCAUGGACUUUGUGGCCACAGAGCCUGACGAUAGUGAGCCAAAUGUUAUUCUUCUUAUGGGAAAAGAUCAGGAAUUACACCUGCACCAAAACACAGAGAAGGUGGAGAGAGAGGCUCAAAGCUGGUUGGAAUCAUUCCCCUUCUUCUCGGGCAGCUCCAGAGACAAAAGUGUUGUUGAUACCCCUCAACCAUUGCUACCAGAGGCAACCGAUUCACCUGUAAGCACUACGUCUUCAUUGGACCUCAAGGAGCCUGAAACCACGUCAGCCAUGGUGAACACAAGUCCCAGCUCUGACCUCUCUGCCACCGAAAGCACAAACACUUCAUCGGCUGUCACAUUUUCCAACGCAACUAAUUCAAAUAAGAGCCUUGAUUCUGAGUUUGACUUUUCUGAAAACUUAACUGUGACAUACAACCACACUUUUACUGGUCCAGAUGAGAGCGCACAACCAACUGACAGAUCAGAACAAAGUCACUCUGGAGCUGUCAGUAUCAGUACACCAGAGAUCCAUGUCACCAGUUCUCCAGAGGAAAGUAUUCAUCAUUUCUCUACCAUAAGUCUGGAGUCAGGAAAAGCACACACAGAUGAUCCCAUGGAGAUUUUUCCCUCGAUUCACUCGUCCAAUGAGGAGCGGCUUGUCCAAACCACAGAGUCUGCUUCUGUGUUCACCUCGGUGUGGACGCUGGAUGGAUCUGGAGACGUUUCUCAAGAGAGCGACCUUGAUGUCAGAGAAGAAAGUUUUGUUCCAACAUCAGAGACCCCGAGAGCGUCAACAUACCAGACUGCCUCAUACCCGUUAGGCGAGCAGUCUUCUGACGCUCAGACGCCCUCACCAGGUUUAACCACUUUGCCUGGAUCUCCCUCAAAUAUGUUCACAGACAUAUCUUCAGCCGAGGCUGAUUCUAAACAUGAAGGCAGCGGCGGUUUAGAUCGUGAAGAUACAGAUGAUGGACUCCAGACAACAACUGAGGAUCAGUUACUUGAACUUGCUGCCACGAAGAUUCCGAAAAAGACGGGACAUUUUCCAACGACGACUGAUGGCAGCAUAGAACGUCGUCAGACAUCAGGGUACAGAGUUUAUUUUGACACGACUGCUCAUGAGGAGGCCAGUGGAGUGGAACCUGAUGCUAUUACUGGUACAAGUGAACACCAUGUCACACCUGCCACUGCUCUUGAUGAGCGCAUUGGAGUUUCCAUGACGACAGAGGAGGAAGUACAUGUUGACCUCACAUCUGAAGAGGAUUUUUCACCAACUCAGAGUUUGGCAGAAGAAGUGAAAAUCGCUCCCAUAUUUGAAAGGAAGGUCAACAUGGUGGCGCGAGAAGAUGACAGUUACACGUCUGUCCCCGCUUUCAAUGCAGCACCUACCGCAACCCUGAAGCCGGAUGCUGAGUUUGUUUCCAUUCUGAGGGAAGAUGUCACUUGGGAAAAUUUCAAACCAACUCCUGCUGUUCCUGCACAAGCUAUUCCAAACCAAACCAUUGAUGAAGAGGCUUCUGUAUUUGAAGAGGAUGAUGUCGUUGUCUCAAAUGUUACAGGUGACGUUACCGCGGCUAGUGGAUUAACUAAUCCAACUUCAGAGGACAUGUCUUUUGACCUGAAUGGAGAAGGAGUCUCAACCUCUGUAGGAGUCACAGUGACCUCAAUCACAGACAUAAUCCCCAAACAGCAGACCAUUGCCUCAAUCCUGGAUCAAGAAGACAAGGUUGUUCCAACCCCUGAGGAAGUAGGUCAUGACACAAACGCCCCACACCCUGAAGAAGGAGAAGCAGUUGCCAAAGUAGAUACACCAGAAGAGACAGUUGCCCCAGUUACUGAACAAGAAGAUCUAGUUGACCCAGAACCUGAAGAAGGAGGUCCGACUGAGCCUGUCCCAGAUCGUAAACAUACAUCUGUCCAUGGACCCACACAAGGAAAUAUAUUUGAUCCAGAACCUGGAGAAGAAGACACAGAUAGCCCUGUCACUCAACUAUAUGCUUCUAACGCUAAUGCUAGUCGAGAAGGUAGAACGCAUGCUAACCCUGAACCCGUAGAUAUGUUGAACCCUGAACCUACUGUCGUUCCAUCAUCUGGAUAUGAGGGCGCAAUGGUGACAGGAGCUGAAGAAGACCUCAUUGACCAACAACAUACAGAAAGGGAUUCUAUUGUCGUAAGUACACCGGCACCAGGGCUUGGCACUACUGACCAAAACCCUGGACCAGACGGCACGGCUGCCACAGCGACUGAACACGGGGGUGCAGAUGAAUCAAAGUAUGAACAAGAACUGACUAUGGCACCAAUGACCGACCAACAAAACACAUUUGACUUAAACGCUGAAGGUUCUGCAAACACUGCAAACCCCAUUCACGAAGGCAUAGUUCACCCAGGUCCAGAGGCCCCUGAUCAUGAUGCAACUGAGGUUACAGUCUCUGAAACAGAAAAGACAACAGACCCAAACUCUGGACAAGAACAUCCUACUGAAUCAGAUUCCCAAAAAGUGGAUGUUAUUGGCCCUGAACACAAAGAUGAAGAUGAAAACCCAGAGAACAGAGACUAUGAACAAGGGGUCAUGAUUCACCAAAACCCUGAACAAGAGGAUGUAGCUUCCGGCAACACCACGUCUGCUGUGAACCCUGAAGAUGGAAAAAUGGAAAAAAAAUACGAGGUUUCUGAAAAUCCUGAACAAGAACCAGAAGGAUUCCCAAUAUCUGAACAAGAAACAAACCGAGAUCUAGUCAAUAGAAUGGCUGAAGAAGAUCUCGCUCCAGUGACUGAAGAAGAAGACGCACUUGAGCACCAAGAAAAUACUGAACAAGAAGACUUCAUUAACCGCAUCCAUGAAGAAGUAGUAACAGCCGGGGUUCUUGAACACGAAGAUGGCAGUAACCCUUACGAUGAAAGGAUAGAAGCGUCUGUUCUUUUUCCAAAGGAAGAAGUUUCCCCAGCUCCUAAAGAGGUGGACCGAUCUGAAGAGACCCUCACUCAGAUAUUUCUAAAUGAACAUGAAGAUUCCUCAAAUAACUUUAAGGAUAAAGAUCCCAUCUCGUCUGGAAACAGCCCAAGGAGUUCCCCAAACCCUGAAGGGAAUGUCUUUACAAGUCCACUGGCGACUUCUGAGUCUCCUAAAGAGUCAGAUCUAAUCUCCCAAACAUCAGCUCCUGAGUCCUCCACCGCACAGUGGUCUAAAAACAUCUGGAGUCCGACAACACUGGCUCCCCCUCAGACAGAAGAGUCAGAGAAGACAACUGCAUUUCUUCCCCUGGUGGAUGUAGACUUGAGCGCCACCCAUGCCUCGUCCCUGCUUAUCUCAGCCAGAGAGAGGGCAGCUGUAGGUGAAGCAGGGAGAACCUCAGAUGUCUGUCUUGAUAACCCGUGUCUGAACGGAGGAACCUGCACCGACCAAGGGGGCCACACCCAGUGUCUGUGUCUGCCCACGUAUGGAGGAGACUUCUGCAACGUGGACCUGGAGAGGUGCGAGCUGGGCUGGGACAAGUUCCACGGAUUCUGCUACCGACACUACAGUCAGCGCCUGAGCUGGGAGGUGGCCGAGAAGCACUGCCGCCUGCAGGGGGCGCAUCUAGUGUCCAUCCUCACCCCUGAAGAGCAGAGCUUCAUCAACUCCAACUACAAAGAGUAUCAGUGGACGGGCCUGAACGACAAAACCAUCGAGCAUGACUUCCGCUGGUCGGACGGGAGCCCACUGUUGUAUGAGAACUGGUACAGAGGCCAACCAGACAGCUACUUCCUGUCUGGGGAGGACUGUGUGGUGAUGGUGUGGCACGACGACGGACGAUGGAGCGACGUUCCCUGCAACUAUCACCUGGCCUACACCUGCAAGAAGGGCACAUCCUCGUGUGGCCCUCCACCCAAGGUCCGGAACGCCUUCAUCUUUGGUAAGGUCAGGCAGAGGUAUGAGACAAAUGCUGUGGUCAGGUAUCACUGCGCUCAGGGCUUCCUGCAGAGACUGAAGCCUGUCAUCAGGUGUCUGUCAGAGGGACGCUGGGAGAGACCACAAGUCGUCUGCCUUCCAGAGGCGGGAGGCCCGAUACACGACCCUGAGGUGACGACUGACGUCUAUCUGGCUGCAAACGACGACCAAUAUGAAGCAACAGAAGAGACGCUGCAGUACUGGGACAUCAAGUUUUGAAGUGUGGUGACACCCCCAGCUCAGAUAUGUAAACACUGAAGCACCUUCUCGCGCCACCACACAAAGUUGAUUUGGUUCUCUUGAAUUUAUUCCCCCCGAGAUGUUUGUUAGAAGUUCACCGUUCAGAACAUGGUGCUAAAGUCGUCAAUACUGUUUCAACAGAUGUUUUUCUACAAGUGUCCCAUUGUUCUCACGUCUUGUCUCCCGCAUUGCUCUGCAGACACCGUUUUGUUCGUCAGCUUUAUGUUGUAAUAAAGUUUUGUAGAACAGAGCAAAGA